UACCAUGAGCGACAAAGAGACGCUAAAGUCAGCGGUUAUGGUACGCUACAUGCUCGUCUUGGAGCUGAUUCUAUAAAAGAGUUCGACUGCUGUUCAUUAACGUUGCAGCCAUGCAAAAAUCCCGUCAUCACUCCAUCUGGCUUUCUCUUCGAUCGCGAAGCUGUGCUGGAGUAUAUUCUAGCCCAAAAGAAGGAAAUUGCCAAGCGAACGAAGGAAUGGGAACGGCAAAAUGCUAUUCGAGCGGAGGAGGAGAGAAAGGCCCAAAAAUCCGACCAAGAAAAGAUUGUUAGAAAAUUUGACGAAGUCGAAGGUACCCCAGCUCAUCCUGGCUAUAAAAUCUUUUCAAACGAAGCUCGUGAGGGUGCUGUCACGAACCCCAACCCAUUGAAACGGCCAGGCAGUGCCAUAACCGUCCAACCAGCACAGAAAGUCAAAGCGCUUGGGACUGAGGGAGAAAUCUCGAACAUGAAAGGGGAGAGGUGA